UGUAAGCAGAUGUACUGUUGAUCAGGGAAUAUAAAUGCACACAACCUUCCUUCCAUAAACACCUUUCUGUCAUCUGUCUCUCCAACAACUGUCUCACAUCAGUCUCUGACUGCAACAAGUUGAAAUGGCUGUGGAUAAAGCACUUGUUGUGAUUGUUGGUCUGCUUGUCAUCCUGGCCUAUGUUCAUGGUAUGUCCCCUGGUGGGAAACGACGCUGCCUGUGCAAAGGGAAUGGUGCCAAAAGAUUUGGCCUCAAAUCUUUAAAAAAAGUUGAGGUGUUCCCAGUAUCCCCUGGCUGUGAGAAUGUGGAGAUUAUUGCUACACUGAAAUCUGGCCAUCUCAUUUGCAUCAAUCCUGAAUCAAAAACCAUCAACAAACUUAUUUUUGCUAUGAAAAAGAAAUGGGACCACAAAUCGAUUGGCUAAAUGAAAAGAAUGGCCCUUACUACAAAUGCUUCCGAUAAUUGAAACUGCGCAUUUUAUACAUUUGCAACAUAUUAAUCAGAACUAACAAUUACUAAUGCUUCGCAGAAUAUAACUAAAUUUUUUUAUAUUUUAUGAAAUAUAUAUACCCAGCUUUACUAUUGAUUAAAGCAAAGCAUUCAGAGAAAAAAGAAAAAAAAGUAAUAAUAAAGUACACUUUUUCAAUUCA